CAAUUCCACCAGAAAUCUUACAAUGACUACUAAUCCUCCCAAGAAUACUCCAAUCACCGUUUCUGAGCUUGCCAAGUGCAAUGGAACUGAUCCCUCUAAACCCAUCUAUGUCGCAAUCAAAGGAGAUGUUUUCGAUGUCUCCAAGAACACCGAUGCUUAUGGCCCUGAAGGAGGUUACAAAAUUUUUACUGGAAAGGAUGCCUCAAAGGCACUCGCUUUGUCUUCAUUGAAGCCAGAAGACUGUAUUCCCGAUAUCAGCGAAUUAACUGAGAAGGAUCUUGUGGUUCUUGAGCAGUGGCACGCUUUCUUUAGCAAGCGCUACGAUAUUGUUGGCAAAGUUGUCCCAGACAACUAAACCGAGUAAAAUAAAUAAAUACAAAAUGUUCAUAUUU